AUGGAGCGGUCAAUGCCAGAGAGUGGAGGUCCAUUGGCGAGGAGGCAAAGACAAGGACGACCAAGUGUGACGAUGGCGGAGCAACACGACUCAGUCGGUGGUACGGGGCUGAAAGGAGCCACUGCUGCUCUACAUGGUAUAAGCUGCACCAGCGCCGAGAAGAAUGUUCUGCUGCAUCCUCCUACUUCCUCAGGCAGCAUCGGUGGAGGUGGUUGCUGUGCUGGGUCCUCUAGCUGUGCCGUGACAAUGUUAAGAAGGGUUAUGGUCAUGACAAGUGUCAUUGCUAAACCAACUCUCAUAGAUUUCAUCAUGUAUAAAACACUCUUAAGAGUCAGAGAAUCAUCAGCCGCCUCUUUCACUUCAACCCUCCUUAAACCUCAUCUCUUUCCUUACUCCGCCGCUCCCCUCGCCGUCGCCGCCGUCAUCCCAUUUCUCUUGUACCCUCAAGGUGAAAUGGCUGGGAAGUCGAACAAAUCGAAGGCCAAGAGAGCGGCUCAGGCUCAGGCUCAGGCUCAGAGCUCUACCACCAAUUCCACUGAUGCCGCUAUUCAAUCCGAUGCUUCUGCUGCCCCAGCCACUGCUUCUGUUCCUGCUUCCGAUAAUGGAGUCGUCGUCCCCACUGUUGACUCUGCCGCUGUUGACUCUGCCGCUGUUGAAUCUGCCGUUCCUGAAGCGAAUGAAAUUCCAAAGGCUGACGAAAGCGAAUCGCAAGUAGCAAAUAACGAAGCCCAACCCAAGCAAGGUGAACUUCGUCUUUAUCCUGUUUCUGUCAAAACACAGAGUGGGGGUAAAAUGGAGCUGCAAUUGAACCCUGGAGACUCAGUGAUGGACAUCAGGCAGUUCCUCCUUGAUGCCCCAGAGACGUCGUACUUCACGUGCUAUGAAUUAUUGCUCCGCAGUAAGGAGGGAGAGACUCACCAUCUGGAAGACUACAAUGAGAUCUCUGAAGUAGCUGACAUCACCAUUGGUGGUUGCUCCUUGGAAAUGGUUGCAGCAUUGUAUGAUGAUAGAUCGAUCAGGGCACAUGUUCACCGUGCUAGAGAUCUUCUGUCCCUUUCGACGCUUCACUCUUCCCUGUCAACAACACUUGCCUUGCAGUAUGAUGCAGCAUUGAACAAAGCUCAGACUCCUGGAGACAAACCAAAAACUGAUGUCCCGGAGCUUGAAUGUCUGGGUUUCAUGGAAGAUGUACCUGGCUCUCUCAGGAAGUUGAUAAAUUCUCCAUCGGAAGAGAUCAAGUGUGUGGAGAGCAUUGUCUUCUCAUCGUUCAAUCCUCCUCCAAGCCACAGAAGACUUGUAGGAGACUUAAUUUAUUUGGAUGUUGUGACCCUCGAAGGCAACAAAUACUGUAUCACGGGUACCACAAAGGCAUUUUACGUUAAUUCUAGCUCAGCGAAUGUUCUCGAUCCAAGGCCGACUAAAUCUGGGUUCGAAGCUACUCUCAUUGGAUUAUUGCAAAAACUUAGCUCUAAGUUUAAGAAAGCUUUCCGCGAGGUCAUGGAAAAGAAAGCCUCUGCACAUCCCUUUGAAAAUGUUCAAUCGCUUUUGCCACCACACUCAUGGCUGAGAUCAUAUCCUGUUCCCGAUCACAAGCGUGAUGCAGCGAGAGCAGAAGAAGCACUGACCAUUUCUUAUGGUAGUGAACUGAUUGGUAUGCAAAGAGAUUGGAACGAAGAGUUGCAAUCUUGCAGGGAGUUCCCUCACGCUAAUCCUCAGGAGAGGAUCUUACGUGACAGAGCUCUUUACAAAGUGUCUUCCGACUUUGUCGAUGCAGCGCUUAACGGAGCAAUUGGUGUAAUCAGCCGAUGUAUACCACCCAUAAACCCAACUGAUCCAGAGUGUCUGCACAUGUAUGUGCACAACAAUAUCUUUUUCAGUUUUGCUGUCGAUGCCGACAUUGAACAGCUAUCUAAGAAACGUCCAUCCGUGACGGAGAAAGUGAUCUCAUCUGAAAAGGUUUCAUGCACAGAUGGAACCUGCGAUGGAGCCGAGGACACCAGCUGUAAUGAGGCGCCUCUUGUUGAAAAUGAGCAGGCAACGUAUGCCUCUGCAAACAACGACUUGAAAGGCACAAAGUUAUAUCAGGAAGCAGAUGUCCCAGGGUUGUAUAAUCUGGCAAUGGCCAUUAUUGAUUACAGAGGCCAUAGAGUUGUUGCUCAGAGUGUUCUACCAGGCAUCCUUCAGGGUGAUAAAUCAGAUGCGCUUUUGUAUGGUUCAGUCGAUAAUGGCAAGAAAAUAUGCUGGAAUGAAGAUUUUCACGCUAAGGUGCUAGAGGCUGCAAAGCUUCUUCACAUUAAGGAACACGCUGUUAUUGAUGCUUCUGAAAAUGUCUUCAAGUUGGCUGCACCGGUGGAGUGUAAGGGGAUUGUUGGGAGUGACAACAGGCAUUAUCUUUUGGACUUGAUGAGAGUGACGCCUCGGGAUGCCAAUUACACAGGUCCAGACUCACGGUUUUGUGUCUUAAGACCAGAACUGAUCACAUCAUUUUGCCAGGCCCAAUCUGUUGUGGAAAAAUCAAAAUCUAAAACCAAGACUGAUGAAGGAACGGAUAGUGUUGCUGAUCCUUCUGAUGUUGGUGUCGAUGCUUCUAAAACUGGUGAUGAAGUGAUCCAUGGAGAGGAAAAUGGGGAUACAACUUCUGAUAAGAAAACUGUUGCAGAAAAUAAAAAUACCACCGCCCAAGAUUCUGCCGCAGGAUCUUCUGAAAGUUCCAAACCAUGUGAUGAAAUAGCAUUUAACCCUAACGUCUUCACCGACUUCACAUUAGGUGGCACACAAGAGGAGAUAGCUGCUGAUGAAGAAAAUGUGAAGAAAGUUAGCUCAUACCUUGUAGAUGUGGUACUUCCAAAAUUCAUUGAAGAUCUUUGCUCUCUUGAAGUUUCCCCUAUGGAUGGUCAGACUUUGACUGAAGCACUCCAUGCUCAUGGUGUUAAUGUUCGUUACAUUGGAAAGAUUGCUAACGGUGUGAAGCAUUUGCCUCAUUUGUGGGAUCUUUGCCUGAAUGAGAUUACAGUCAGAUCCGCAAAGCACAUUCUCAAGGACAUUCUAAGAGAUAUAGAGGAUCACGAUAUUGGAGGAGCAGUCUCACAUUUCCUCAAUUGUUUCUUUGGAAACUAUCAAGCUGCUGGGGGAAAAGCUGGCACCAACAGCUUGAAUGCUAAAACUCCAAAGAAGGGUCAAGGAAGAGGUAAAGGAAAAGCUUCUGCAAAGAAAAGUCUUUCAUCGUAUAUGAUGGUUGACUCCAACACUCUAUGGUCUGACAUUCAGGAAUUUGCCAAAGCUAAGUAUGAGUUUGAGUUGCCCGAGCUAUCAAGAACUACAGCCAAAAAAAUACCUGUUCUUCGUAACCUUUGCCAAAAGGUUGGUAUCAGUGUUGCUGCACGCAGUUACGACUUUAGUUCAACCUCACCUUUCGAAACAUCAGAUGUAUUAGACAUUCGACCCGUUAUUAAACACUCGGUCCCUGUAUGCUCUGAGGCAAAGGAUCUUGUUGAGAUGGGAAAAGCCCAACUGGCUGAGGGCAUGCUUAGUGAAUCCUACACGUUCUUUUCGGAGGCGUUUUCAAUUCUUCAACAGGUGACUGGCCCAAUGCACAGAGAAGUUGCAAACUGCUGCAGGUACCUGGCCAUGGUUUUGUACCAUGCAGGAGAUAUGGCCGGAGCCAUAAUGCAACAACACAAGGAACUAAUAAUAAAUGAACGAUGCCUUGGCUUGGACCAUCCUGAUACUGCUCACAGCUAUGGGAAUAUGGCUCUUUUCUACCAUGGACUUAAUCAGACAGAGCUCGCUCUACAGAACAUGGGCCGUGCCUUGCUAUUACUUGGCCUAUCAUCUGGCCCUGACCAUCCAGAUGUUGCUGCUACAUUUAUUAAUGUCGCCAUGAUGUAUCAAGAUAUGGGGAAAAUGGACACAGCUCUACGUUACCUUCAAGAUGCUUUGAAGAAGAAUGAGAGACUUCUUGGCCCUGAACACAUUCAAACUGCAGUAUGCUACCAUGCCCUUGCCAUUGCGUGUAACAGUAUGGGCGCAUACAAGUUCUCUCACCAGCAUGAGAAGAAAACGUAUGAUAUACUUGUCAAGCAAUUGGGAGACGAUGAUUCCAGGACACGUGACUCUCUAAACUGGAUGAAUACGUUCAAGAUGCGUGAGCUGCAGAUGAAUGCACAAAAGCAGAAAGGACAAGCAGCCAAUGCGGCCACCACGCAAAAGGCUAUCGAUCUCCUCAAGGCGCAUCCAGACCUGGUACAUGCGUUCCAAAACGCAGCAGCUUCUGGGAGGUCUAAUGCACUCAACGCAGCUGUCCUCGGGGAGGCACAACAACCUCGGGGAAGAGGUUUUGAUGAAAGAGCAGCACGCGCUGCAGCUGAAGUCAGGAAGAAAGCAGCUGCUAAGGGGCUACUGGUUCGUCCACAGGGCGGUGUUCCAGUUCAAGCUAUGGCACCACCGCUCUCUCAACUCCAAAACCUGAUCAAUUCAGGAGCUGCAAACACUUCUGAGAAAACUGGAGAGAAUGGUGAGGCAAAGGUAGAAGAGAAGAAAGAAUCCUCUGAAAACGGGAAAGCAGCGAACGUGGCAGCUCCUGCAGGAUUAGGCGCCGGUUUAACAUCUUUGGAUAGGAAGAAACAAAAGGCCAAAAAGUAA